AUGAAACACCAGAUCAUUCUUCCAAGAAAUCAUCAUGUGACUACCCUAAUCAUCCAACACAUACACAAAAGGGUUGGCCAUCAAGGAUUAAAUCACGUUCUGUCAGUACUAAAGCAGAAGUACUGGGUAUUGAAAGUUGGACCACUAGUCCGGAGCAUUGUGAAGCAAUGUACUAUUUGGAGGCGUGUAAAAGCAAAGUUCAUUGAGCAGUUAAUGGCUAAUUUGCCUGUGGAACGUGUACAACCUGACGCACCUUUUGCAAAUACAGUCAUAGACUACUUCGGCCCCUUCGAAGUGAAAUAUGGAAGCACCUGUAGAAAAAGAUACGGGGUAAUCUUCACAUGUAUGGCACGCAGAGCUGUACAUAUUGAAGUAGCUGCAUCUAUGGAUACCAGUUUCUGUAUUAUUGCUUUGCGCCGUUUUAUAGCAAGGCGUGGCCAAGUGAAAUACAUUACCUCAGACAAUGGCACAAAUUUUGUAGGUGCCAAGGCAGAAUUUGAAUGCAUCGAUAGAAAUAAGAUGCAAGAAUUUGCAUGCAACCGAGGGAUAGAAUGGAAAUUUAACCCACCGUCUGCCUCCCAUUUUGGAGGCGUGUGGGAGAGGCAGAUACGGACAAUACGCCAAAUCCUUAACAGUCUGUUGAAUGAGCAGUUUAUAAAAACGACUGGAUCUGAUGAACAGUUGAACACGUUCAUGUGUGAAGUGGAGGCGAUCAUCAAUAGUAGGCCUCUAACGAGAAAUUCAGAUGAUCCAGAUGAUUUAGAUGUAAUUACUCCAAAUUCUUUGCUACUACUGCAGCCUGCAGGUAAUGCAAUUGGAGAAUUUAACGAAAAGGAUAUCUACGCACGAAAGAGAUGGAAGCAGGUUUAA